UUGGAAAAGUCUUUGAUGAUCAUAUGCGUACGUCCCCACUUGUGCUAUAGAAUUCCAAUCAGAGAUCCACACACCCCCACACAUAACAUAUCUUUAACUCUCCCUAUGUAUAUAUAUAUAUACAUGUAUCAUGAACAUGUAUAUAAUAACCCAAGCAUCAAACAAACACCUUGAUACAAUUACCAUGAUGAAACCAAUUCUCAGCACUCAUCUAUACUUUUCCUUGUUUCUGCACAUGAUCGUUGUCACCAUAUUCGUUGCCGGCGAUUCUCCACCUAUCUACAAUGCAGUCGAAGAUAUCACCGUCAAUUGUGGCUAUUCCGGCCACAUAUUCAAUGCUUAUGAUCAGCGAAAUUGGACUAGAGAUAUCAACUCAAAAUUUUCACCCUCUGAACACCAAGCAAUUGGCAACACAUCCAUAUUAAAAAAAGCACCUCAUUUGUACACCGUCCAACAAGUGCCUUACACCACAACGAGGCUUUCUCACUCUGAAUUUACCUACAGAUUUUUUAACCUCACAGCCGGCCAAAAGUUCGUCCGUCUGUAUUUCUACCCAGCUUCAUACCCCGACUUUGAUCCCUCCAAAGCCCUUUUCUCUGUCAAAGCCGGUGGGUUUACCCUUCUCCACGACUUCAAUGCGUCAGUCACUGCCGCUGCUUCUGGGCCGGAGGAGACGGUAUACAGAGAAUUUUGUAUGAACAUUGAGGAAGAAGAAGAACAGAGUCUAAGCAUCACGUUCACUCCAAGCAGAGCAAUCCCAGAUGCCUACGCAUUUAUUAACGGAAUUGAAAUUGUAUCAAUGCCCAUCAAUCUUUACUACACUGCACCAGAAAGCGCUGAUGGAAUUAUAUAUAUCGGCAAAGAAAAUACGAUUCGCCUAGAAAACAGCUCUGCUCUGGAGAUGGUGUACCGAAUCAACGUGGGUGGAAGCACAGCCCCUUUUUAUGAAGACACCGGCAUGUACCGCAAUUGGUAUGAUUAUACAUACGAGAAAUGGUACCUGGAGGAGUUAAGUUUAAGGUGGAGUGUUUUGCCACAAAAUGUUAGCAUCCAACUCAACUGGGAUUCAAGUCAAAUACCAGAGUACUCUGCUCCAAAACAAGUUUACCAGACGGCCAGGUCAAUGGGCAACAACAUCACCAGGAACCAGCGCUACAACCUCACCUGGCAAUUUCCUGUUGAUCCGAACUUUAGUUACCUGGUUAGGCUUCAUUUCUGUGAGUUCGAAUCCGAAAUUACCAAACCCAGAACUCGACAGUUUCAAAUUUACAUAGCGAAUAUAAAAGCUGAAUUAAUGGACGUAAUCAGUUGGAGUCGUGGAAAUGGAAUUCCAAUGUACAAAGACUACUUGGUGUUCAUGCCUGCAGGAAGCGAGAAGAAAGUCAAUCUCUCCAUCACACUGCAAGCAAUUCCAAUACUUUGGAUGAGUAGAACAUCGGAUGCAAUCUUGAAUGGGCUUGAAAUCUUCAAAGUGAAUGAUACAAUGGGAAAUCUCGCUGGUCCCAACCCAAAUCCACCUCCUACGACCCCGCAUACGGCGAUGCAAUCGAGAACAAGAGACCCCAAGUCAAAGAGACACAACGUAAUUAUGGCCACUCAACCCGCAAAGCGACCAACAAAACCAAGUGCCCAGGAUCAUCCUUACCGUCCGCUUUGUGUCACUGCUUUUUCCUGGCGGAGAUCAAAGCCGCCACCCGAAACU